CGCUCAAUAGCAAACAAACCACCGAUCGGAACGCAGUUGCUGUAAGGUGUUCAAAAUGAAGGGAUCGACGCUGGACAAAAUCUCCGCCUUCCUCGGCGAGCUCAUCGGCACCGGCAUCCUGGUCUUCCUGGGCUGCAUGGGCUGCGUGAAGACGGACCUCUUCCCCAACAGCCAUCUGCAGAUUGUGCUCAACUUCGGCUUCGCCGUCCUCAUCGCCAUCCAGUGCUUCGGCUGCGUCUCCGGCGCCCAUCUGAAUCCCGCCGUGACCGUGGCCGCCUACAUCUACGAGAUGGUCAGCCUGCGCAUGGCCUUCGCCUACUUCGCCGCCCAAAUGCUGGGCGCCUUCAUCGGCUACGGCCUGCUCAUGGUCCUGCUCCCCGCGGAGACCCUUUCCGUGGGCGCCGGCCUCUGCGUGACCUUGCCCCACACCAGCGUGACCUCGCCCCAGGCCUUCGGCAUCGAGUUCGUCAUCACCUCCAUCCUGGUCAUCGUCUGCUGCGGCGUCUGGGAUCCGCGCAACUCCAAGUUCCACGACUCCGUGGGCAUUCGCUUUGGCCUGGCCAUCGCCUGCCUCGCCUGCGCUGCCGGACCCUUCACCGGCGCCAGCAUGAAUCCGGCCAGGUCCUUUGCACCCGCGCUGUGGAACAAGCACUUCGAGAGCAACUGGAUCUACUGGCUGGCCCCACUGAGCUCCUCCGCCAUCACCGCCUACGCCUACAAGAUCGUCUUCCGCCGCGAGGUGGUGGAGGCGGAGAUCACCUCCAACGAGAAGCUGCGGCAGCUGGAGGACGUCCAGCUGUCGUAGAGCCACAGCCACAGACAUAGUUGUUGUGGGGAAAGCCUUAACUAAUUUAGCUAAUAUCUAAGUUGCCGAAUUUUAUAAUAAUGCAUUCGUUGUACGCUAAUGUUAGCAGUGUCUUCACAAAGUGCUCGAACCUUUCAACGGCGAUCAAGUGUACACUCAAGCCCUUGAAACCAUAAACGACUUGGUGAACACACUGAUUGCCUUCAGUAAUAAAGAUCAUCGAGAUUUGUAAUCUAUAACAAACCAA